GUGCUGGGUUGAUUGAUUGCAAUGAAGUCAGUCAACCAACGAUUCGAUCGAACGGCCAUUUUUGCCGAUCGCCUGCCUAUCUCUCUCUGAAAAACAACCAUACCAUCCAUUGCCAUGCAUUGCCACCAACACCCAACUACAGCCAACCAGUCUCAACACACGCACAGCACAUGGAUGGAUGGCAUCUAAGCAUUCUCCUCGUCACCCUCCUCAAUGGUCUGGAACCGCACUCCGCCCACCACACUGCCGCCCAACCCCCACCCUCCCCCGUCUGCAGCACCACCACCAGCUGCUGCCGCUGCUGGACCACUACUCGAUGCGCCGUUGCUGUGCGUGGGGUCUGUGGGUGAGGCGGAUGCUGCGGCGGCGGCAGAACUGCUGCCAGUGCUGAUGCGAUACAUUCAUUACACAGACGCACACCACCAUAGGUGAACGGGGGGGUGAAUGUCUGAGUGUGUGUGUCUGAGUGUGUGUGUGUGUUGAUCUCCCUCACCUGCUGCUGGUGGGUGUGUGGCUGGGGUGGUCUGGCUGAGGCAUCCAAGCUAAUGCCGGUGUCGACCUUCGCACCGGGUUGGUCACAAAUCGCUGGCUCAGACUGGGCACUGAUGUGGAAUGGCAGACAACAACACAGACACAGACACAGAUGUGGUGUGUCCGGUGUGCAUGGGUGUCUCGUCUCAUCGUAGGUACCUCCGAGGGCGUAUAUGGUUGCGGACAGGCAGACUCCCGAGUUGGCCUCCUGCAUCGCAGUCGUCACGCAGUCGGUCGUCAGGAGACGGCCCCAGCCCUUGCCGCUCCCACUGAUCCAAUGAUUGGCAGACAGACAGACAGACGUGUGUGUGUGCCUCAUUCCUUUCUUUGUUUCCCUCUGUUUUCGCACGCACUUCUUGAUGUCCGAUCCUUGCAUGUCGCACGUCUGCACACACAGCAAAGGCAGGCAGCCAAUGACUGACUGAAUGGAUGGUCGGUUGUUCCCACUUGUGCCCCCCCCUCCCUCCCCCCCUCCCUCCUCAGUGACUGACUGACGCACCUUGAGUACGCGUACGUUGCCUGGGGCGUCAUUGGCCAUGACGCUGAGCUCCAGCACGAAACACGAGUGCACCGACGGGGCGACGAGCUUGCCCAUGUUCUCCGAAAACCUCAGGUAAACGCCAAGAUGCGAUUCGUCAACGGCUCUCUCCUGCACACACACACACACACACACCGUCUGCGUGUGUCGGUGAUGUGGUGUCGUGUGGUGGCUCGGCUGACCAGUGAGAGCUGCAGGCCGAAUUCCCCCCAGUAGAAGAGCUCUGAGCGCAACUCGCCUGCACCACACCAGACACAUACACGCGACACUCAGACGUCUGUCUGUCUGUCUGUCCAUGUGUGUGUGUCCUUCCCCUCCCCCCUGGCUGACCUAGGUACGGUGGCAGGUCCGUGAACCAGCAGUGCACUGUGGCCGGCCCCUGCAGGUCUCUGGGCAGCAUGAUGCGGCCGCGACCACUCGACACGCCGUCCACAUGCAAGGCUAUCAUGCCAUACUCGUCAAACCAAUCUGCAUACACACACACACACACACACAAACGGGCACCAAGCAAGAACCGAUCAUCGACCGACCAUCUGUGCACAUGUGUUCCCCUUUCUUGCCGGCCACUCCACUUACAAGGGUAGUUCUGACGCACCAUCUCAAUGGACACACCACCUCCACUAGGCACCAUGCCCACACCUGCAUCGCCUCGACCGUCCUCCCCACCACCAUCGCCCUCGGCCCCCUCGUCCCCACCCUCCCCCUCGCCGUCAUCAGCUAUCUCGCCCUCCUCGAUCUCAUCUCCCUCCUCCUCCUGCCCCCCACUGACGUCGCUCUUCUCACUGUCAGUGUCGGGGCAGGCGGCAGCCUUGAUGAGGCCGAUGGUGUCGGCCAGCUGGCGGUAGUGCGUCCGGUCGGAUUGCGAUCUGAAGUCGAAGGUGAAUGACGGCCAGUAGGGCUCGGGGGCGAGGGUGAAGCGCCAGUCAAGCUCAUCGGCAUCAGCGGUGGCAUCCUCAACAUCGGCAUCUGGCCGCUCCUGCUCACUCUCUUGGUGGGCCUGCUCGUGAUCUUGCGUGUCGGCUGACAGAGAUCCACGACAUACAGAGAUGGGAGGGAAGGCACACAUGAAUCAGAGGUGGAGGGGCAUUGUGUGUGCUGUGUUGGUUCUGUUCUGUGUCGGUGUGGCUGGCUGCUCGCUCACCUUGUCGGUUCUCGCCGUCGCCGUCAGCACCUCCAUCGUCCGCCUGCUGCUGCCCCUGCGGCGCCCCAGCUGGCCCACCCGGCAAGUCGUCACGUGUGCCCAAGUCAUUGGAGUCAUCCCCCUCCCCGCCAUCACCCUCACCCUCCUCCCACUGGCCACCCUCAGCGAUGAGUGCACGGGCCAUCUUCCUCUCGUCGACCGCCCGUUGGUCCUCCUUGCCCAUCAUGCGUCUCUCACGACGGGCCUUCUUGCGGGCCAUCCUGUCGAUGCGCCACUGGUGGCGGUUGGGGUCCCACGAUGUUUGGAUGUACUCGGACCUUGCUGAGAUGGACGGGGGGAGGCGCCAGCCGCCCACGUAGAUCGGGCCGUCAGGAUCGUCAUCGCUGCUCUGCUCGUACUCGUGCGUGUCGUAGAACUCACGCUUGGCAAUGGCCUCGGCCGACUCGACGAUUGGCUUCUUGCGGGGGGGCGGGGGCAGGCCUGGUGGUGCAGGGGCUGGGGCUUUGGCAGACGGCUCACUGGGGCUGUGCAGAGGGGGCACACGGGGCGGCGACUCAGCGGGCGGCUGCCACUGCUGCACCUGGGAGACCUGGUCGAACCCCAACUCGGCUGCAUACGGCAGUGCAUAGGCCGAUCCAUAGGCUGCGGCGUAGGCUGCAGACGACGCGGCACAGGGCGACGCAUAUGAGGCAUAGGAACCGGCCGAAUAAGACGUAGCGUACGCCGAUGAGUAAGACUGUGCGAAGGGGUCGGGCGGGAGGCUGCCCGUGAGGCCGGGGAUGGGCAGCGGACCGGUCGAGUUGGUCUGGGCCUCGGUUGUGGCCAUCUCCUUUGGCGGCUCCCGGGGCUGCUGCUGGUCUUCGACGACGGUCUGCAUCUCCCUCUCACGCAUGCGAUCCUUCCGCGCCCUCUCCCACUCCUCGUGCCGUGCCAGCCGGGCCUUGAGGUCGUCUAUCUGCUGCGUGAGCUCACACUUGAGCCUGUCGUUGUCGUGUUGCAGGCGCUGCUUCUCUUGCUGGAACAUCUGCUGCUCCUCCUCUCGCUCAGCCAACUCGGCCAGCAUGAUCCUCUUCUGAGACUCCAGCUGAGCGAUCAGGCCCUCCUUCUCCUGCUGCCGCUCCACCAAGACUGCACGCCUCUCCUGCUCGCGGGCUUCCUCGCUCUCGCGCCGCUCUUGUUCCCGUGCCUCCUCGGCGGCACGCCUCUCCUGCUCGCGGGCCUCCUCCGUGGCCUUCUUCUGGCGCUCCGCGUCCUCCCUCAUCUGCUGGCGCUCCUGCUCCAUCUGCUGCUUGAGGGCUCGGAGCUCGGCCUGCUUCUGCUGCUCUGCCUCCUCGCGCGCCUCGAUGGCCUGGCUGAGAGAGAGGUUGGCGUCCUUGAGGGCCUGCUCGCGGGUCUCCACCUCCUCGUCGGCCUCACGCACCGCCUCCCGCACCCGCCGGUCGAUCUCCUCCUCAUCCAUCACUCGCCGCCUGGCGGCCUGCGGACUGCCCACUCCCAUCAGCUGGGCGCCCUCUCGGCCGGCCAACGCAUGCACCGGCCCACGUGCACCCCUGACCCGCCCAGCGGCCGUGCUGCGCGACAGGCUGCUGGUGAAGCCUCUCCCUCGCGCCCCGAUACGCUGCUGCAAAUGGCUCAUCUGCUGCUCGACCAGGUGCAUGUCUGUCGACGGGUGUCUGUCGGGUGCGGGCACGGUGGACCGGUGGGAUUGGCGCAGUGCGGUUGCGCCAGGCACGCUGGUGCGCGGGGGCGUGGGUGGCGGGGUGGGGCGGGAGAAUGAUCUCGUGGCUGGGCUGAAGGGAGUGGGCGGCUCGAGGGAGUCGGUCGAGCCACGCUGCGGGGCGGGGCGCUGCACGUUGCUGGCAUGCUUCUUGUUUCCAGGCCGUGUGGACAUGCCCGGGGAGAGCUCACGCUGCCGCACGCGAGUCGACCCGAUCGUCGAUGACCGCUGUUGCUCCAAAACGGGAUUGAUGAAUGGCGCCUCACGACGGAGAGCCGAGAAGGGCUGCUGGGCUCUGCUGCCGCCUGCUGCUGCUGCCACUGCGGAAGCGGCCUGUUGGUCGUCGGUGAGAGGCGACGGCGGUUUGGGGGGCCCGGGUGAUGCUGCUGGUGUCUUGGCUGAGAUAUUGGUGCCUGACGAGUUGGAGUGGGAGCGGAUCUCCUUCUUGAGCUUCUUGACCUCCUCCACGAGCAGCUCUAUGGCGAUGGCCAUCGGCAGAGCGUUCAUGGCCGUCAGCGAUAUGGUGUUGAACUUCUGGCGGUAGGCGAUGUGACGGGCCAGCAUCUCGGUGGUGCUGCGAUCUUCGCUCGCCACGCACAGCUGCCCGAUGGCACGGACGGCGUGUGGGUCGGGCUCCAUCUGCCGGUGGAUCAUCUCCCGCAAAACCCGACUCGCAAGCGCCAUGUCAGCUGAGGGGUCCUUCAGCGUCGCCAACACUCGCGCCUGAUGGAUGGAUGGAUGGUACACAGAUGAGGGAAAGGAACACACGACAAGCCCAUCCACCCUUCCAUCCAUUGCGUCGUGUCGCCUCGCUUCUGUUGUGUACGUACCAUCUGGUUCAAGGCCGUAUCGCUCAACUCCUCCAGAGUCACGUCAGCGAUCUCCCCCCUCCCCGCCCCUCCCCCCGACCCCCCUCCACGGGCGUCCUUCCAAACCGCUGCGAUCGCUGCCUUCACCGGCUGAGCGAGAGGGUUCUCACCGCCCUCGGUGCACCUGAAGCGCUCGUAGUCGAGUUGGAGGCACCUCAGUGCAAAGGUCAUCUCAACGGUGACCUCGGGACGUAAAGAUGCCGUCCGAGGGUCGCGCACGUAGUUGACGAGCUCGUGGAAGACGGCAGCCUGCAGGGGAGGCUCGCCCGUCUUGAGGACGGCUGUGGCGAGAGAGUAUUUCCGGUCCCGUUUGGCCCGCUGAAUCAUUGUGAGAGCCAGGGCCUUAACGUCGUGCCCGUUGCCGCUCGGUGGGGGUGCUGCGGUCCCUGACUGACCUGCAGGCACACAGACACAGACAGCAAGCCCAGAGGAACGUCUAUCUGUGCAGAAGGCUGCUGCACGCCCUUUUUUCUCUCCCUCAUGCAAAGGCAACUGCCUCCUUGUCACUGCCGACCGACUCUCUUGUCCCUCUGCGUUCGCGCACCUUCGGUGUGGGUGUGUGCUCCUGAACUCGCAUUGCUGUUGCUGCUGUUCGCGUGUCCACUCAAUGCCAUGGCUGCAGGUGGUAGCUGUCCCUUUCGUUGCAUUGGAGAGGCGAAAACUCAGCGGUGGCGCGAUGGGGGCUUGUGUUUUAGGUUGGUUAAGAAAAACCAACUACA